GGCUUCUCAGGAAAUGUAACAACUGCCUCUCCCUGGAGAGCAUAUAAACCCAGAGAGUCUGAGACUGCAGCAGAGGCAUUGGAGACUCCUCUGCCACUCAAGGGGCUGCGAGCAGAAUCCUGUGCCACUCCUUCUCACGGGGAGAAAGAGCCCUUCACUGAAAUCCUCCCACCAUGCUGGGGCUGCUGCUGCUGCAGGUGUUGGCCAGCUGCCUCUGGCUGGGACACAGCGAGGUGGUGAAGAAUUUUGAAACUUGUCCUCAGUUCUUCUAUGCAGGGACAACUCCAAAUGAUGCCCUGAAUCCAAAGAAGCCAGCCUGGAUCUGUCAGCGCUUCAGGAACUUGUAUCACUAUGCCACCCUGUACGACAGAGUCAGGAAAAUUCCAGUGUACUCUGCUUACAAAUACCAGCCUGUAGAAAAGAAGAGACCUCAAGGAUGGUGGUUUGUUGAGCCUCAGCUCAUAGAUGAAAAUCUAAAUCUUAAAGAUAUGGAAACAGAGUCACUCCUCAUAAAACAACACAAGAUCACCUUAGAUGAUAUCAAAGAGAGCCAGGCUGUCCUUGAUGACUACAGAGGACUGAAGGAUUUGGUGCACGGCCAUUUGAGUCCCAGUGGGCAUAUGGAUGAUACAGUGAGUAAAAUGGCUACCUUCACGCUCACCAACAUAGUGCCCCAAAAUAAGAGUCUCAAUGAUGGCCAGUGGAGGGUCUACGAGCAUAAAACAAUGUCUGAAAAUACCAAGGGCUGUACAACCACCUACGUGAUCACGGGUGCUGUAGCUGAGUACACCACCGUCGACGAAGAGAGGGUUAAGACACCCAGCCAUAUCUGGUCAGCUGCCUGCUGUCUGGUAAAUGAAGAGCCCAGGAAGGCUUGGGGGGCCAUCGCUGAGAAUGACAAGAACGAGGUAGAGGAGCUCAGCCUGGGGAAGCUGGAGGAGAGGUUGACCAAGCUCUAUGGUAGAACAGUUACUCUGUUCAACAAUGCCUGUCCUCGGAAAUAAGCCUCACAU